GCCCGGUGACGCUCCUCCCGCCCAUUAGCCUAGACCCUGCUCCCCGGACGGCUGCGUUCAUUCGAUGGCACCGCGCGCGCCCGAGCUUCCGCCCUACUACCGACCGCCGCCCUCGAUGACGCGAGAUGCCUCGUCGCACUCCAAAGUCUCCGUCUCGGUGCCCUCCAUCUCCCAGUCCAACGAGGCAGACGAUGAGCAGAGCCUGUCGUCGCGCCACACCUUCGACAUGGAGUCUGCCCCCGACCGCCCCCACUAUGCCGGCGAGGACACCCGCCUGACGAGCGACAGAGAGCUCCGCGGCUUCUACAUGUACGGAUGGGCCGCCGAGGUCUUCGUCGUGUGCGGCAUCGGCUCCUUCAUACCCGUCACCCUCGAGCAGCUCGCCCGCGAGAAUGGCGUCCUCCUCGCCGACCGCUCCACGCCAUGCAAGGCCACCAUGCCCGUCGUGAACCCCAGUUUCUUCUCCUCCUCCACCUCUGCUGUAGACGCCCUCUUCAAUCCCCCUCCGGAAAAGGGACAAUGCGUUGUUUACAUCCUCGGUAUUGAAAUCAACACGGCCAGCUUCGCCAUGUACACGUUUAGCAUCUCCGUCCUGAUACAAGCCCUGCUCAUCAUCAGCAUGAGCGGCGCCGCAGACCACGGCAGGUUCAGGAAGACGUUUCUCCUCUACUUUGCCUUUGUCGGCAGCAUUGCGACCAUGCUGUUUCUGCCCGUUGUGCCAAAGGUGUAUAUCCUGGGUGCAUUUCUCGCAAUCAUCGCAAACACGUGCUUUGGUGCAAGCUUCGUGCUGCUCAACAGCUUUCUGCCUCUCAUGGUGCGCUUCCACCCAACAGUCAAGUACGCAGACACAAGCGCCGCAACCUCGUACGUGGAGAGAGAGGAAGAGGAAGAGGAAGAUGGCGGCAUCGACAUCGACAUCGAGACCGAGACCGAAGAAGACGAAGAGAGAGGCGGAGAAACACCCACGCAGGAAAACGUGAUUCGAGGCGCCCAGUACGCCAACCAGCUUGGAGAGCGCGAGGGUCUCCUCGACGAAGUCGCCGAUGCCACCACCGCACUACUUCCCCACACGCCACCAAGCGCCGACCUGACCAUCCCAAGAGCAAAGUCCAAAUCUGCCGCCUCGGUCGAGCUGGCCCUUGCGACCAAAAUCUCGUCUUAUGGCAUUGCCAUUGGAUACAUUGCCGCCCUGCUCGUCCAGACUAUCGGCAUUCUCGUAGUCAUUGCUUUCAAGUCCUCAAACUUUGGCCUUCGCCUUGUUCUCUUCAUCGUCGGCGCAUGGUGGUUCGUCUUCACUCUCCCUACCGCGCGUUGGCUGCGACCCCGCCCUGGACCUCCCUUACACAUUGAUGCGCAAACGUCCAAAUUCCGUACUGCCCUCGCCUAUUUUACCUACUCGUGGAAGUCACUCGGCCGCACAGUAACACAUGCGCGCCACCUCAAGGACGUGCUGCUUUUCCUGGCAGCCUGGUUCUUACUAUCAGACAGUAUAGCCACUGUCUCGGGAACAGCCGUGCUCUUUGCAAAAACGACACUAGGAAUGCCCUACGCCAUGCUUGCCCUCAUCAAUGUCAUUGCAACCGUCUUUGGAGUCCUAGGCGCUUUCCUCUGGUCCCGUCUAUCUGCUUUCUUCCGCCUCUCGCCUACACAAACCAUUUUGCUCUGUAUCCUGCUCUUCGAAACCAUCCCAAUCUACGGUCUUCUGGGCUAUAUUCCGGCCGUCCAGCGCCUGGGUUUCCUAGGCCUACAGCAACAAUGGGAAAUGUACCCUCUAGGCGCCGUCUACGGCCUUGUCCUCGGCGGACUCAGCAGCUACUGCCGCGCGCUUUUCGGUGAACUCAUCCCGCCAGGCUACGAGGCAGCCUUUUACGCCUUGUACGCCAUUACCGACAAGGGCAGCAGUAUAUUUGGGCCAGCCAUUGUAGGCGCAAUAACCGAUGCAUACGGAGAAAUCAGACCUGCCUUUUGGUUCCUGGCCCUCCUCGUCGGCCUCCCUUUCCCCAUCAUGCUCCUCGUAGACGUGGACCGCGGCCGCGACGAAGGCGCUGCUCUCGCAAAAACCCUCGCUCAACUCUCCCGCGUAAGAGAUGCUCUCGAUGACUACCACGAUGAGGACUCCUUGUCCCAGGAUAUUCGCGAUGAUCUGCACAGCUCGUAUUCUUACCAGAGGGGGACGAGAGAAGGGUUUUGAUCUCGCUUGCCUGUCUCUUGUUUUAGCGAGCUCGGCGCUUUUUUUUCUUUUCGUUGUUGGUUGGUUGUUGGUCGUCCUUGUCGUUGUCGUCGUGCGUGCAGCUCUGGCAUAAUAUCACGUCUUGGCAUAUCCGUGUGUUGCAUUUUGUAUAGGGCGUUUUCGUGCUGCCAUGGCGACAGCUUCUUCUUCUUCUUCUUCUUCUUCUCCUUCUCCUUAUGAUUAUUAUCAUGAUCCUUAUUCACAUGUCUGGUCACGAGUUAGAUGGCAUCUACGUUCC